AUGAGUGGAUUGAGCGACGAGACGAGGAUUUAUGUGAAAAGUGGAGGAUUUAAGACGUGUUUUAUACAACAGGAUGUUUGCCAACACCUAUUACAGGGUCUGACUGUAAGACAGGCUCUGGUCUACGCCUCGCGACUGAAGAACUCGCGAAUUAGCGCUCAUUUGGAUCACCAGAUGAUAGCCUCGGAGUUGAUGUCUUCGCUGGUGAUCAGCGAUACGGCCGACAAUAGGGUCGAGACGUGUAGUGGCGGCGAACACAAGAGGAUUGUCAUCGCCUGUGAACUCACGGCUCAUAUAAAGCCUAAUAUGCUUUGUAUUGACGAACCGACCUCUGGUUUGGACAGUAGUGCCGCUCUAGUGGUCAUUAACUGUUUAAAAGUGUUGUCCCGAAGACAUGGGAUGACUAUCAUUGCAUCCAUUCAUCAGCCGAACAACGAUUUGUUUCACAUGUUUGACAACAUCUAUGUGUUGGCCAAUGGAGGGGUAUGUCUGUACUCCGGACCCCCUCUACCCCUCCGACACCACCUCCACGACUGCGACAUUGAAUUGACCCAAAACGACGUCCCCAUCGAAGUGGUGCUUACAAUAGCAUCCGAUGGCAAACGAAUGACUGAUUUUGAAAAACUUAUGUCAAAACAAAAUAGCUAUCAAUCGGACGAUAAGCUCAUUGAGGAAAACAUGCGAUUAGUUUACGGCAAACAAAGCCCUACAAAACGAUUUAGUUUUCGGGACGUGAAUUGCCUACUGAUGCGGUCCAUGAGAUACGCAUACAUAAGCCAAUGGAAAACUUUUGCGCUGAAAAUUGCCAUGUUAAUUUAUACCGGCAUAAUGCUCAGGAUCAUUUUUGGCACGGAGAUUAUCGUGCCGGACGGCUGCAUGACAAUUGAGUUUGGUUCAGGGUGCGACCAGGGUGAAAGCAAUAUAAUUAACGAUAAUUUGAUAAAAGAUAACAUUAAAUUUAUGAUGGUCCUGGUGGUGGUUGUCCCGAUGCUGAUCAUGUUCGUAUUUUCCAUUUCAUUUUGCACCGAGGUGGAAAUAUUUUGCAGCGAACACCAUAAUGCUUUCAUAUGA